AUGAGAAUCUUGCAUGGCUUAGACUGUCGACGUCAAGUUGCACUUGGAAGGUUCAGAAAUGCUAUCAAUUCUACUGGAUGGAGUUUUCUAGAAAUUGAAACAAUGCCUGGUUUUUCUCCGGAGGAACAAGCAUAUGCAGCUGGCGUUCUUGAAGGUAAUUUGUCUAGUCUAGUUAUCAACUAUCAUCUCCAAAACACGGUAAACGAUGCAUGUAAAAACUAUACUGCUUAUUGCAAGCGACUGCAAAAUUUUAUGCGUGAAAAUAUGCAAUGGAUUAAACGAGCAUUGGCACAAAAAAGUUCUGAUGAUAUUUAUUGGGCUCAAGUAAAUCGAACAUUGUAUCAGUUGACUGGCGUUUAUCAUGGCUAUGAUGGUACACCGCUGUCACCAACAAUCUCUUUUGAUAUACAUCCUAUUCUCAUGAUCAAUUCCAAUGGAGAAUUUUUUGAUUUGGAAAAAAAAUUUAACAAAACACAGGAUCCGACAACUGAAAAUGGAAGAUGUUCUGGUUUGGUUAAAGUUGCACUGAAUAAUACAGAUCUGUUUUUUUCGCAAGUGACAAUGAAUGGUUUUCACUAUAUGACGCGUGUAUUAAAACUCUACAAAUUUUCUUUUGACAAAAAGACUGUUCCUGGACAUACCUAUUCAUUUUCCAGCUAUCCCGGGAUGAUCUAUUCGUCUGAUGAUUUUGUUCUAUUAAGUUCUGGAUUGGCUGCUCUAGAAACUACAAUAAAACUGUUCAACAACAGUUUAUAUAAUCUUAUCAAAACAGAAGAACAGAUUCCUAUGUGGAUACGGGUAAAAGUUGCAAAUGAAUUAGCGAACAAUGGUAGUGAAUGGUGUAAAAUAUUUUCGCGUUACAAUUCUGGUACCUACAAUAAUCAGUGGGUUGUUGUUGACUAUAAAAAGUUUAAACCAGGAAAAGAAUUACCCUAUUUUGGUUUACUCAAUGUGCUUGAACAAUUGCCUGGUCAUAUUAUUUAUCAAGAUCUUACUUGGUUUCUUCGAAAGUACAGCUAUUUUCCAAGCUAUAACUUGGCUUAUUUCAAAAAAAUUACAAAAAUUAGUCGUCUUGACAAAUACGCAGAUAUUUGGGGUGACUGGUUUCGUUGGGGUAAAUGUCCACGUGCACUGAUCUUUGAUCGAGACCAUCAUAAAGUUGUUGAUUUAGAUUCAUUCACCCGAUUAAUGAGGUAUAACGAUUAUACUCGAGAUGAGUUCAGUAGAUGUAACUGUACUCCGCCAUAUUCAGCUGAGGCAGCAAUAUCUGCUCGUGGUGACUUGAAUCCAGCAAAUGGCACAUAUCCAUUUAGCGGAAUGGGUCACGUUAAUCAUGGCGCUUUAGACUAUAAAGGAACAAAUUAUGCGUUAUUUAAAAACUUAAGAUUUCGAGCGAUUGGUGGCCCAACCUAUGAUAAUGUUCCUCCCUUCAGAUGGAGCACUUUUGAUUUUAACACGAAAGUCAAACAUGUUGGCCAGCCUGACCUUUGGAAGUUUGACCCCGUUGAAACGAAGUGGGAAACUCCAGAUGUCAAAGCAAAUUUGUAA